CGCAAAGAUGAGGCAAACCGGAGAUUGAAAAGGAGGGAAAAAAGUCUCCGAAACAGAUUAUUAGUCAGUUUUAACUUCUGCUUCUUGUAAAAUCAAGACAAACGAACGAAUUACAAGUUUCAUAAAUCAAAUGACCGAUUUGCUGCUAUGUCUUUUGGCGAAGGAAAUGCGCAGUGCGAGCGCAUGGGGCAAAUGAUAAUGGAUGAGCGCAUAAGAGGAACAACCACCCAUCCACCACGGAGAGAGGGAGAAGAGAGGGAGAGGGAGAGCGCGCUGAGAUGAAGCCAAUGUUUGUCGUCGAACUCCUGCAAAUAUGAAGACGAGGAGAUAAUGGCCCGGACUGAGCAGGAAAGCUGCACCUCCUCAAAUAUCAAAUUGUCUCCGUUUUUUGGACCAUCUUGACUGAAACUGCGGGGAGCCAGGAGUUCAAGAAUCGCUUUCAAUUAUAUUUUUUUGUAUUUUUUUAGGGGAGGAUUUCAGAUUUGCUUAAGAAAGAUAGCUGAAUACCACAUCUCAUUAGAAGGAUGGGGUCGAUCAUCUCCAUGGAGGGAUUACUGGAGACCUGUGCGCCAUGGGUGCGCGCAGAGACGCAGUAGCUCUGCAUGAGCCGUGAUGGACUGAGGAGUUUUAUGGAAACUGCUUGGAGAUUUCAUCUUAACUGGGAGACAGAAGGACAGCAAUAAUAUCCCGCAGAGAGGAGCCAGCACCAGUGGGGUUUUUCCCUCGUGUGUUUGCAAAAAGUGGCUAAUAAAAAGCAAUAAAUUCUCCUAAAACAAAUACUGUCGUCUGCUUGUGCGCCAUGGGCGAUGAGGCGUCAAACUUCAGGAGAAGCAGCAGGACCGGUGCCUUUCUACCCAAACCCCGGACUGCUGAGGAGAGAGCGUGGAUUCUGGGAUGAACAGAAUCGGAUCCACAAUAAUGAGAUUCAUAAUUUUCUGAAAACUUGUCAGGCUAUCACUGUGACAGUUUCGAUGUUAUUCAGAGAGCAACAUUCAGAGUUUGAUUUGAGACCAAGUGGAAGAGAGGGACAUGAAACCGUCUUUUGUGUUUAAAAUAAUCGAAUACAGCCAUAAUAUUUGAGUUAUAAAGGGAUCUUAACUUUUUCUUCUUUUUUUUAAUUUUUGGCACAAUGAUGGAACCACCACCAUGCUCGAAGAAAAGUCUUUCCCUGUCGCUCCCGGUUCCCCGGGAAGGACAAGCGACUCUAAAACCUCCGCAGCAUCUGUGGAGACAACCCCGGACCCCGAUCAAAAUCAAACACCGGGGGUACUCCGACACCGACCGGCACCACCACCGGCACAUGGAGCGCUCCGACGCCAUGGAUACGAGCGAUCGACCGGGACUGAAAAAGUCCCGAAUGUCCUGGCCGUCCUCCUUCCACGGGACCACCAACACAUCCAUCGGAAACUGUGUCGGGAAUAAACGCUUCGAUUCAGAAAAUGGUCCCUCGCCAGGCCGCAGCCCCAUGGACUCGCAGGCGAGUCCUGGCUUGGUGCUCCAUCCUUCCUUCCCCCAGAGCCAGCGCAGGGAGUCCUUCCUCUACCGCUCAGACUCCGACUACGACACGUCCCCCAAAACCAUGUCACGCAACUCCUCCAUCAACAGUGAGGGGCACGCCGAAGACAUGAUUGUCACCCCUUUUGCUCAGGUGUUGGCAAGCCUACGAACUGUAAGAAGCAACUUCACCAUCCUCGCCAAUGUCACAACACCCACUAACAAGAGGUCACCAGUGCAAAGCCAACCCACUGUUCCCCAAGCUACACUUUCUGAGGAGACGUACCAGCAGAUGGCUAGGGAGACUCUGGAGGAGCUGGACUGGUGUCUGGACCAGCUGGAGACCAUUCAAACCCACCGCUCAGUCAGUGAGAUGGCCUCCAACAAGUUCAAGAGGAUGUUGAACAGAGAGCUGUCACACUUGUCAGAGAUGAGUCGCUCAGGGAACCAAGUGUCCGAAUACAUCUCCACUACCUUUCUAGAUAAGCAGAAUGAAGUAGAAAUCCCAUCCCCGACUUUAAGAGAAAGGGAGAAGCCCAUGUGUCACAUCAGCGGGGUGAAGAAACUCACACACAGCUCCAGCCUUUCCAACUCCACCUUGCCUCGUUUCGGCGUGAAGACUGAACACGAGGACGCAUUAGCUCGGGAACUGAUGGAUUUGAACAGAUGGGGCCUUAAUAUCUUCAAUGUGGCAGAGCUUUCUAAUAAUCGACCCCUCAGCUGCAUAAUGUAUGCCAUCUUUCAGGAAAGAGAUUUACUGAAGACUUUUCGCAUCCCUGUGGACACUUUUGUCACCUAUGUCAUGACUCUGGAAGACCACUACCACGCCAAUGUGGCCUACCACAACAGCCUCCAUGCUGCUGAUGUCACUCAGUCCACCCAUGUACUGCUGUCCACUCCAGCUUUAGAUGCUGUGUUCACCGAUCUAGAGAUAUUAGCUGCAUUAUUUGCUGCUGCCAUUCAUGAUGUAGACCAUCCAGGAGUGUCCAACCAGUUCCUCAUAAACACUAACUCAGAGUUGGCCUUGAUGUAUAAUGACGAGUCUGUUCUGGAGAACCAUCAUCUGGCUGUGGGCUUUAAGCUGCUCCAUGAGGAAAACUGUGACAUCUUCCAGAAUCUCAGCAAAAGGCAGAGACAGAGUCUCAGGAAGCUUGUUAUUGAUAUGGUUUUGGCAACAGACAUGUCCAAACACAUGAGUUUGCUGGCAGACCUUAAGACCAUGGUAGAAACAAAGAAAGUAACAAGUUCUGGAGUUCUGAUGCUCGACCACUACACUGAUCGUAUACAGGUGUUGAGGAACAUGGUGCACUGUGCUGACCUGAGCAAUCCGACGAAGCCCCUGGCUGUGUACCGACAGUGGACAGAGAGGAUCAUGGAGGAGUUCUUCAGGCAGGGGGAUAAGGAGAGGGAGCGCGGCAUGGAGAUCAGCCCCAUGUGUGACAAACACACUGCAUCUGUAGAAAAGAGUCAGGUGGGCUUCAUAGACUACAUCGUUCACCCUCUUUGGGAGACGUGGGGGGACCUUGUGUACCCUGAUGCCCAGGAGAUCCUGGACACCUUGGAGGACAACAGGGACUGGUACCAGAGCACUAUCCCACAAAGCCCCUCGCCGCCCCCAGUGGGGCAAGGGGACAAGGAUCUAAACGUAUGCAUAGACAAGUUUCAAUUUGAACUCACCCUGGAAGAGAGCUCUCAGACAGAACAGGAAGAGGAGGGGGACAAACCCACAUCCAACCAUGCGGCACAGGACUACAGCCAUGGGGAUGAGGGGAGUAAAAAGGAAGACGAGGAAGACACGAUGGCCGAGGACGAAAAUGAGGAUAUAAUUGAGGAGGAGGAUGAGGUGGCGAUGGAGGAAGAGGAGGUGGAGGAGGAGCUGAAGUCUCAGGCUGAGGGGCCUGAGAAGGAAAGACUUUCUGACACAAGUCCUGUAGAGGAAGAGGAAGAUUCUUCUUCGCAAGCUGAGGAUACAUGAGUUCUGCUCCCCGUAUCCCUCUCUCAUCACUUGCACAGAUUAUCUUGUUCAUCCUUUCAGUGGCCAAACCAAGAACAAAUAAGACUGCAAUGACAACACAGACCUUUAAAUAUAUUUUUUAAAAAGGGAAUCAAUUAAAAUCGUAUAAGAGAAGCUAAUUACACAGCAACUGUAGAUUUGGAGUGAUGGCAUGUCCUUUGAGGGAUUUCAAAGAGAACAUCAACCUGACUGGUACUUAGGAGAGCAUUACUAAUGGGCAACUGAAGACAGUGUAGCCCUCUGGUGUUAGGAAUGCACAUAACACACUUGACGUGACAUCAAAACACAAAAUCCAAGAGCAGGAGCAAGUCACGUUGAAUACCCUAAUGCAAUGCAUGCACAUGCAUUUAGCAGUCAUGCAAGAUAAUUGCAGUCCAUAAGUACUCUACCCUUCUUCUUUUUUUAUUUGGAAAUGCACUGACACCACAUUGUAUGUUUGUUUGUGUGCAUCCACACAAGGGGCAUCCACCAGUAAAUGAAUCCCUUUGGAAAAAGCCAUCCCUAAAUGGUGUACUAACACGUGUUUUAGUCAGUAUUAGUAAGUCACAUCUGUUAGAACCUCUCUGUUCUUAUAAGAGAGGCUCCAAGUUUUUAAGGGAUGUUUUUUCCAUUUAUGUCGGAAAGAAAAUCACAGAGUUGGAGGGGAUGGAAUCUGAGGAGUAGAAGUUGCUGCGAUGAGGGGACCCGCCGGGUCCCACGUGUCUUUUUUUCCCUUUACAAGGAGAGUGCUACUGGUGCGAGAUGGCUCUGUGCCUUUCUGAAACACCAGCUUCCUGAUUGGAGCUGUCGUGAAGCAAUGCAUUGUGGAACUGGAGAGUUGUUUCUGAUUGUCUCUUGUGAAGGAUCUCUCUUUACUCUUCAUGGUAUUGUGGUGUGCAGCUCACAACUUCUGUGGUGAUAUUUUUUCAGUCUUCCUUUGUUGCUCUUCUGGUAAUAUUUCAACGGAGAACUUGAGAUGCAGAGCAAUCACUGAGACCAUCACGAUCACCAGUGGACUCUUUCCAGCAUUUCUUUUUUUUUUUUUUUUUUCUUUUCUAUUAAAUGAUUUUCAACUUUCUGAGAAAAAGCCAUGCGAUGCUUUGAAGCAUACAUUCUGCCUAUUUUAUAUAUUUAAAAGUUGCUGAAUAUGUUGAAAGGGUUUUCAAAUUAUGAACAAGUUUUUGUUUGUUGUCUCACACCCACUUGCACUUGUGUCCUCAUUACCAACUAUUUUCACCAAAGUAAAGGAUGAGAAGCUUCGGUGGGUGAAAGGGUUCAAAGGAACGCCAAUAAAUACGAGAAAUCAGGGAGGCUGAAUGUCAGGGGAAAGGAGUGCGACAACUUGAGGUCGGACAGUCCCUAAUCAUCCUCACCAUGUUUGAUGGAUUUUGCCUUAAUGUCUGAUGCAGGAUACGCACCUGCAAGUAUGUAUAUUUACAUGAUAUAUGAUAGAUACCUUAGUAUAUUUAUAUCACGUCUGUAUGCUUAUUUCUGUGAAUAUUGGUGUGUCUAGACACAGCGUAUUUAGAAUUACCUUCAGAGGGGAUUUGUUAUGUUCUUGCUGUGCUUGGGCCAACACACAGAAUGUGUAAAACUUUAAUCAGGAUCUUCUGAAUAAAUCAAAGAAAAAAAAACGGAUAUUUGAACAAAGUUAUGCAGGAUUUUAGCAAGAAAAAGUAACAGCGAGAGGAAGCAGGAUGUCAGACGCUGACGUGUCAUCGCUCACUCGUUGGUUUUAUUCCAUCUUGUUUAACAGUGUUCAGGAUUUUCCGCUUAAAGGAAACGUUUCGGUGUUCGUUUUUCACAGGGUAAAAAAAAAAAAAAAAAAAUUAAAGGUAAGAGCAAGUUUCUGCUGGUCAGUAACUGAGCUUAUCUAAAAAUGCCACAGCUUGGUGCAACAAAAAGCCUGUGUGUUUGACUCACUCCGUUGCAGGAUGGAGCAGAGCUGCGAGGCCACCACUCAGGCUUUUUCUUCAUCUGGUCGAAUGGGAAUCCAGGAUUGCUCUUGCAGCUACAUAAAUAAAAGAUUCCCACAUGCACUGGCCUUUUACUUUAACAUGUUGCUUUAUUUUCGUGGCUUCUUGCUCUGUCACGAACUAUUAAAAAAAAAAAAUCUAAUAUAUUUCAUUGCCAUACAAACACAAUACUGUAGCAAUUGUUUCUUAAGGAAAUUAUUCAAUUGAUUGCUGCCAUUCUUUUUAAAUGACAAAGAAAACUGCGAGAAGUGUUUUCUUUAAACAGUUUGUGUACAGUUUAUUUUUAUAUCAUUGUGGUGGACGGUCAGGCAAAUGAAUCACGUGCUGAUUGAUAUAGCUAUAAUCACGACCACUCUGUACAUAAUGUAAUAACGGUUUGUAAAUUGGAGUUUUACCGAAACCAUAAUUGACAAUAACCACUGAAAAAAUGUUCAAGGAACCACUGAGGAACUGCAAGCCACAUUUUAACCUUCUCUUUACCCCCACUUGUGACGACAUUUGGUCAUGAUUUUUAAUUGUGCACAAUUAUUGUCGAAGUCAUAUAGAUUUGUACCAGCACUUUAAUUCAUCAGGUUUAGAGACGGACGGUGUUUCAUGUAGUCUAUACAGUCUGUGCUGGGUGUUUUUGUUGGCACACACCUGUUCAUUACUGGGGCAAAUUACAACUCACUUUGUACAGCAGUCAAUGCUAACCCCUCUCUUUAGGCAUGAUCAUGCAGACUAAUAACACUUAAGUAAACUUAUCUGAUUACUGGAGUCAUUGCAAGAGAUAUAAUUGCAUUUAAAGAAAUGUGCCCUUAUAUAACUCAGAUAAUAUUAUACCACUAUCACCACAUUUGGUUCUUAGUAACUUUAGUCUCAUGGUGGCCUACUUAGCUGGUUUCCAUGUGUGUUACUGUCAUGUAAUGUUAUGUCAGACUGACACCCUUCGGGAUCAAUUCUCUGGGCUUUAACUCCUGUGUUUGUUCACCAGUGAGAAAGAUUAUUAAGGGGGGAGAAAACAUGAAAUGAUUGUAAUAUUUGUAAAUGAUCUUGCUGUAAUGUGUAAAAUGUGUCUGGGUUAUUUUUUAUUAUAUUAUUUUUAUGAGAGUUUCUCCACUUAACAGAGCUGAGGUGUCAUUUUGUGGAUAAAUGCAUUUAAUAAGCAAAACAUCUAUAUAUAAAACAAUGCUAUAGUAUAUCAGUAUAUUUUUUAUUUUAUUUCACUGUUGAGUACUGUAAAAUGUGUUAAAAAUACAAAUAAAGCAAGAUUUUUUUAUUAAAAGAAA